AUGAGCUGGAGGUGUGUGUGGUGGGGCGUUUUGGCUUUAUCGGUUGUUAGCAUCCCAGAGGUCAAAGCCAGACUGGUUCGCAAUCAUGUCAGCAACAUCUGCAGCACGUGGGGCAGAGAGCACUUCAAGACCUUUGAUGGAGACGUUUACCAGUUUCCUGGUAUGUGUGAGUACAACCUGGUCUCCGACUGCCACGAGUCCUACUGGGGCUUUUCAGUCCACAUGAAGAGGACAGAGGAGGAUGGAAACCCUACGAUCAGUUACGUAGUGGUCACGGUCAAUGAGCUUUCAUUCCACAUCAGCAAGGGUCAGAUUACCGUCAACAACAAGUAUGUGACACUGCCAUAUCACAAGGGAGGAGUCCAAGUGAACAAUAAUGGAGUUUACAUCAAGCUCCAGUCUAAAGUUGGAUUCACUGUCAUGUGGAACGGUGACGAUGCAGUCAUGGUGGAAAUCGAUAAUGACUUUUCAAACCGUACAUGUGGACUCUGUGGAGACUUUAACGGCAUUCCAGUCUACAACGAGUUCAUCUACAAUGGUCGUAAAGUCAACCCCAUUGAAUUUGGCAACAAACACAAAGUCCAUCGCCCAAACGAUGACUGCGAGGACCCCUACGAGGAGGAAGACGAAUCACUGGAGGAUGUGACGGCGCCUGAUUCCUGCAAGGAAUUUGAGACAACUUGUAAAGAAAUGUUCCACUCAGAGACCUGGAGCUCCUGCACCAGACUGAUUAACCCUGAAGCUUACAUCCUGGCAUGUGUGAAGGACAUGUGUUCCUGCACGAAUGGCACCGAUGAUCUCUGUGUCUGCAGCACCAUGUCUGAGUUCUCCCGACAGUGUUCCCACGCAGGAGGACAGCCUCCCAACUGGAGAAACCCUCACUUCUGUGCUAAACGGUGUCCGUACAACAUGGUGUUUGAAGAAAGUGGUUCUCCCUGCAUGGAUACUUGCACUCAUCAAGACGCAAGUUCACUGUGUGAGGAUCAUGAAAUAGACGGCUGCUUCUGUCCUCCUGGAACUGUGCUUGAUGAUAUCUCCAUGAGGGGGUGUAUUCCUCGGUCUAAAUGUCAGUGCAGGCAUGACAAAAUCUACAACACCGGAGAUGUUUACAGACUGGAUCGAGAGGAAUGCACAUGUUUUGAUGGGAGAUGGGCCUGUGUGAGUCUUGAAACGCCUUCUACGUGUUCGGUUGAAGCAGGUUCACAUUUUACUACCUUUGAUGGGAAAACCUACACCUUCCACGGAGAUUGUUACUACACACUGGCCAAGGUGGAAAGCAAGGUAAGUUUUACUGUCCUGGCCCAGUUGGUGCCAUGUGCACACCAACAGUCUGACACUUGUUUAAAGACCCUCAAAAUUCUGCUGAACAACGACAAAAACAACGUACUAACAUUCAGCCCUGACGGCACAGUUAAGCAGAAUAUGCAGACUGUCAAUUUGCCCCACUACUCAGGGGACAUCAACAUAUUCCGCUCUUCAUCUUUUCACAUCUUGCUCCAGACAAGCUUCGGGUUACAAAUUCAGAUCCAACAUGUUCCUCUGAUGCAGGUCUACAUCAGCCUGCAGCAGCGCUACAGAACAAAGACACGAGGUUUAUGUGGGAACUUUAACAUGGUGCUGAAUGAUGACAUGAAGACCCCUCAGGGGAUCGUGGAGGGAACUGCAGCCACUUUCUGUAACUCGUGGAAGGCUAACCUCAUGUGCGCUAACACGAAGGAAAGACUGGAUGACCCCUGCUCCCUCAGUGUAGAAAAUGAGUUGUAUGCCAAACACUGGUGCUCCUUGCUCCUCAGACCCAACAGCACAUUUUCACAGUGCCGCUCAGUGGUGGAUCCUGAGAUCUUCUACAAGCGCUGCCUUUACUCCAGCUGUAACUGUGAGAAGAGCGAGGCCUGCCUGUGUGCCGUCUUCUCCUCCUACGCUCGAGCCUGUGCAGUGAAGGGCGUGAUCCUGACAGACUGGAGAGAGAACGUGUGCAGCAAGUAUGCAAAGAGCUGCCCGGUGUCACAGAUCUUCUCCUACAAUCAUCAGAGGUGCCAGCUGACUUGCACUUCUUUGUCCUCGGAGCAGCAGAGCUGCACCUCUGACUUUGUGCCUGUGGACGGCUGCUCCUGCGCUGAAGGACUCUAUUUGAAUGAAAAAGGUGUUUGUGUGUCGAUGGCAAAAUGUUCUUGUUACCAUAAUGGAGCUUACAUUAAGCCUGGAAAGUCCAUCAAUAUCAAAGAUGAACACUGCGUGUGCAACAAUGGAAGGCUUCAUUGCCAUUCUUGGAGAACCCGCUCAUCAGCAUGUCCUUCUCCACAAGUCUUCUUCAACUGCUCCUCUGUGGGUUCAGGAGAACUCGGACUACAGUGCUCUCGAACAUGUUUAAAUCUGGAAAGUGAUUGUGAAUCUACAGAGUGUGAGUCUGGUUGUCGCUGUCCCGGAGGUCUUCUUGAUGAUGGCAAAGGUUCUUGUGUAGAGGAAAGAAACUGCCCGUGUCAGCACGAUGGACAACUUUUUGCUCCUGGAACAACAAUUCCAAAUCAGUGCAACAGCUGCACCUGCAAGAGCGGAAAAUGGGAGUGCACUGAGGCAAAAUGUCCAGGAACCUGCGUCAUUUAUGGAACAGGGCACUACAACACGUUUGAUCAGCGAACGUAUGGGUUUCAAGGAGACUGUGCUUAUGUUGCUGCCCGGAACAAAUGUGGGAACAAAACAGCUGCACAGACCUUUGGCGUUUUCACAGAAAAUGUACCGUGUGGCUCCACUGGCACCACAUGCUCCAAAAUGGUCAGAAUUCAGUUGGGGCGAACAGAAAUCAAACUAUCAAAGGGUAAAUAUGAAGAGAAAGAUCUGGAAGUUGGCCCACAGAUUCAGUACAGAAUAAGGACGGUCGGUUUGUACCUGGUGGUAGAAUCUAAUAUCGGCUUGGGAGUGAUGUGGGAUCGCAAAACGACUGUCCGCAUCCUGCUGGAACCACACCACAGUGGUCAAGUGUGUGGCCUGUGUGGAAAUUUUGAUGGGGAUGGACAGAAUGACUUCACCACUCAGGGUCAGCUGGUGGUGAAUAACCCAUUAGAAUUUGCAAACAGCUGGAAAGUGACUAGCACUUGCCCAGAUGUGGAGGAGAGUGUUGACGCUUGUGAAGCAGCUCCUCAGCGGCAUCAGUGGGCGAAAAUGAUGUGCAGCAUCAUAACAGGAACUACAUUCAAAGACUGCCACCACAAGGUCGAUCCGCUUCCAUUUGUUGAAAACUGUGUGAAAGACUCGUGUGCCUGCGACACCGGAGGAGACUGUGAGUGCUUCUGCUCAGCUGUUGCAGCCUACGCUCAAGCUUGUAACGAGGCUGAUGUUUGCGUUGCAUGGAGAACUCCAGACAUUUGCCCUGUUUAUUGUGAUUACUAUAACAAUCCAGAGGACUGUACAUGGCAUUACAACCCAUGCCACACACCCUGCUACAAGACUUGUUUAUAUCCAGAAGGCGUUUGUAGCAACCCAAUACCUGAUCUGGAGGGCUGUUAUCCUGUAUGCCCGGAGGAUAAGCCUAUAUUUGAUGAGAAGAAUGACACAUGUCAAAAUGAGACAUUUUUCUUGUGCAACUGCACUAUGGCCCGAUGCAUCGAGAACAAUACCAUUGAAAUUGUUGAGUAUACGUGUCCAACACCCCAGAUCAUAAAUUGUACCAAUGGAAAAGAAGCAGUCCUUGUGUAUGAUGAAUACUACUGCUGUCACUAUUAUGCAUGUGACUGUGAGUGUGAAGGCUGGGGAGAUCCUCAUUACAUCACAUUUGAUGGAUUAUACUACAGUUAUCAAGGAAACUGUACCUAUGUUUUAAUGGAGGAAGUUACAUCAAAAUAUAAUCUAAAGAUUUAUAUUGACAACGUCUUUUGUGAUCCCACUGAAGAUGUUUCUUGUCCACGAUCGCUCAUUAUAGCAUAUGGAAUACAAGUUGUCACACUUAUCAAUCAUAAUCUUAUUGGAGCUCCAAACCUGGAGGUCUUGAAAAAUGGAAAAACUUUAAAUUUACCCUACACACAACAAGGUGUUAAGAUAAUGAGUUCUGGCAUAAACUUGAUUUUUGAGAUCCCUCAUCUCAAUGUGGUCAUUAAAUUUGGAAUGACAGGGUUUAGUGUUUUCCUUCCAUAUCAGCACUUUGGCAAAAACACACAGGGUCAUUGUGGAACAUGCACCAAUAACCAGGCUGAUGACUGCAAGCUGCCAUCUGGUCAGCUGGUGGAAAGAUGUGCAGUGAUGGCUGACUAUUGGUCAGCUAAUGACCUUUAUCAACCCAACUGCCCAACACCACCUGCAGUACCCACCAAUAACCCUGAACCUCCACUGGAACCAACUCCAUGCAAACCAGACUCCAUCUGUGACCUGCUAAAGAGCAGUGUCUUUGCUCAAUGUCAUCCACUGGUUUCUCCAGACAAUUUCUACAGAGGAUGUGUUUUUGAUAGUUGCCAUGUUGCCAACCCAGUGGUGGAGUGCACAAGUUUGCAGACAUAUGCUGCUGUUUGUGCUGAGGCUGGAGUUUGCAUUUACUGGAGAAACCACACCAAACUGUGUGCUGGUGACUGCCCAUCUGACAAAGUUUACAAGCCUUGUGGUCCAAUUGAACAACCAACCUGUGAAGACAAUCCCAAUGAACAAACUUCAAACCACACCACUGAGGGCUGCUUUUGUCCAGAUGGAAUGAAACUCUUUAACAAAAAAUCAGGGAUAUGUGUUGAAAAAUGUGGAUGUCUUGAUCCUGAGGGCAUUCCACGUGAGUUUAAUGAAAGGUUCGAGUACAAAUGCCAGGACUGCAUUUGUGAUGAGCUCACCAAAACUGUGAUUUGCAAGCCUAAGACAUGCCCAACACCACCCAUUGUCAACUGCACUGGUCCAGGGUUUGUCGUUGUGAACCAAACAAAUCCUAAGGACCCCUGUUGUUUUGCCUUUGUUUGCCAAUGUCAGAUCAACACCUGCUCGGUUAACAACAUGAACUGUCCGGUUGGAUAUAAGCCAGUUGUCAGUGUCCCAGAGGGGAAAUGUUGCCCAGAGCAUAUAUGUGAACCUAAACGUGUUUGUGUCCACAAGAAUGUUGAAUACCAGCCCGGUUCUAAAGUUCCUGCACAUGAAUGUCAGGAUUGUACCUGCAGCAACCAGGUCGACCCACAUUCUGGUCUGUUCAAAAUAACCUGCGUGUUUCAGCUGUGUGAAGAAAAGUGUGACAUGGGUUACGAAUACGUGGAAACUAGCCUUGAUGAAUGCUGUGGGAAGUGUGUGCAGAGACAAUGUGUCCUGGAUAUAAAUGGUACCAAGCAGCUCUUGGAUAAAGGAGAAACCUGGUCACCACCUGAAAACAUGUGUAAGUAUUACACUUGUGUUGAGCGUGGUGAGAUAUUUUCCAUCUUCAGUUCACAAAUUGUUUGCCCACCAUUCCAAGAAAGCUACUGCCUGCCCAACACAAUUCAAACUGAUGCAAACGGCUGCUGUAAAAUCUGUGUGGAGAAAGACAAAGCAUGCAAGUUGAUAACCAUGAAAACCCAUAUUAACCACCGUGAUUGUCAGACUGAGCAGGAGGUGGAAAUGCCGUACUGUGAAGGUUCAUGCAACACUUUCACCAAGUACUCUGAAGCAGCAGCUGCGAUGGAGCAUUCCUGCUCCUGCUGUAAGGAAACAAAAUUCAGCCACCGUACCAUCAACCUGAUGUGCCUAAAUGGGGACAGCGUCUCCUACUCCUACAUGCACGUGGAGGAGUGCGGCUGCGGCCACACAGAGUGCACCACACCUGCUGUGCAACCUGCUCGCAGAAAACGAAGCUUCACACUGGUGUGA